GGACUGUUCACACGGAGAGACUGUGUAAAAAGGUCGGCUAGUUCGGACUCUGGGGAGAUGACAGCAGGGUCUACAGGAGGGUCUACAGGAGGGUCUACAGGAGGGAGGAACUUGAACAGGAGAAUGUCAAUAAUUCAGGAAAUGCAAAGUCAACUUCCUAGGUUGUCUUUGUUUGAGAUACAUGUAAACAACAGCAGCAAGAUACCUUCCGGCUCUAAUAGACCUAUAACCAAGCCUAAACCGUUCCGAGCUGGCAACAGUAUUUCCUUGUGGAUAGAAUGUUUUGAAGACUACUGUACUGCAAGGAACCUCCAACCCCGGAACAAGGUACUCGAGCUCACUAAUCAGCUGGAUACAUACUCUCUCAAGAUUCUAUCCGAGUACGGCAGGUUAAAGUACCACAAGGAGAUGAACUACACGGAGUAUUACGGAGCUAACUACAACCAGUUAUACCAGGAUCUGCUCUCCUGUCUAGACGAGCAGCUCAUCAACCAGACACGACACUCAGACACAACAACCCUUUACCAAUGAUACUUACUAACACCACUAACUCUGCUAAAUACAGCUCUGCACAGUGCACACCCUAUAGACCUGAUC